AUGGAUCAACCUUCAAGGACGGGCGAGUCUUUCCACGAGACACACCCCGGUAGCUUAGAUCCAAGCCAUCACUUCCACCCAUCAUCCUCCCACCCUCAACCCCACCCCUCCCUGCGUAGGCCAAGCCGCAGUGGCGUUCAUUAUGAGUCUCCUCAACAUGGGACGUUCCAACAACCAUCCCAACAGCAUGCUGGGUUCCAUCAACAAAAUGAAUCCCAGCAUUUGCGUGAGUUCUCAAACUUCCAUGAUAGUGCUUUCUCCCAUCAUUCCCAUCAGCAGGACAGGGCCCAUUUUGCCACAUUACCUAGUAAUACCCCUCAUGCCUAUGCUGGCUCUCACCCAGUUGCUGAGUCUCAGCAGUCUGGUGGACCCCAUCCUUCCCACCAAGAUGACCCUCCUAGACCCAGUGAAGCUAUGUCCCAACCCUCCUCUGCUGGCGGCCGCUAUGCUCAACCUCACCACCAUGAGAGGCCUCACCAUCUUGACCCCCAGCAGAACAGAAGGCAGUCUCAACUUUCAGAGAACAUUUCCCAUCGCUCCAUGGAAAGAUCUCGCUCCCCAGCUGAUCAUCAUGAGGGCCAUCGAGUCCAUGGCGAUCAGCGCUCUGAGCGGGGUGAGCGUCACCACCACAGGGAGCAACGACACCAUCGUGGAGAUCGUGUGCAUCACAGAGACCGUUUCCACCAUCGCUCCCCAAGCAUCUCCCAAGUCUCACACAAGUCCCACAGCACAGUUGCCACCUCUCCUUCUCAUGUGGGAUCCAAAAGCACAGCCAGCGGGGCUCGGUCCUACUUUGGAACUCGAUCUCGAAUUUUCGGCAAAGUUCAUUCCAGGGAGAGCUUGAAAGAAUCGUCUUUGAGUGAAGGGGAGGAUCAUGUUCAGAAACGCAAAAAGGCCCAGAGGACCCACAAGAAGGCGCACACUGGGAAUAUCUUCCAAUUGCUAUGGGAAAAGAUAAGCCAUAUCCUUUUGGGUCUCCAGAAAAUGAUAUUCUCACUGACCCACUCACUGGGCUUUGAGACCUUUAUCUUCCUCGUGGUCUGCCUCAACACAGUCAUCCUUGUGGCCCAGACUUUCACUGAGCUAGAGAUCCGAGGCGAAUGGUACUUCAUGGUCUUGGACUCCAUUUUCCUCUCCAUCUACGUGCUAGAAGCCAUCCUCAAGCUAAUUGCCCUGGGCCUGGAGUACUUUUACGACCCAUGGAACAAUCUGGACUUCUUCAUCAUGGUCAUGGCAGUGCUGGACUUCGUGCUCCUCCAGAUAAACCCACUCUCAUAUUCAUUCUACAACCACAGCCUGUUCCGGAUCCUCAAAGUCUUCAAGAGUAUGCGGGCCCUGAGGGCCAUCCGGGUCCUUCGGAGGCUCAGUAUCCUGACCAGCCUCCACGAAGUGACCGGAACUCUGAGUGGAUCUUUGCCAUCCAUCACAGCUAUCCUCACCCUCAUGUUUACCUGUCUCUUCCUCUUUUCUGUGGUGCUCCGGGCGCUGUUUAAAGACUCAGACCCCAAGCGCUUCCAGAACAUCUUUACCACACUCUUCACCCUCUUCACCAUGCUCACCUUGGAUGACUGGUCCCUCAUCUACAUAGACAACAGGGCCAAAGGUGCCUGGUACAUUAUACCCAUCCUCAUGAUUUACAUCAUUAUCCAGUACUUCAUCUUCCUCAACCUGGUGAUUGCUGUCCUGGUAGAUAGCUUCCAGAUGGCGUUGCUCAAAGGCCUAGAGAAAGUGAAGCUGGAGAAAGCUGCACGGGUCCAUGAGAAGUUGUUGGAUGACUCUGUGACAGACAUCAGCAAAACAGACAAUACCCAAAUGACUGAGGAGGCCUUGAAGAUGCAGCUUAUUGAGAAAAUGUUUGGCAACAUGUCAAAGAAGCAGCAGGCGCUCCACUUCCAGUUCCUGCAGUUGGUGGCAGCGGUGGAGCAGCAUCAGCAGAAGUUCCGUUCCCAAGCAUCUGUCAUCGAUGAACUUGUGGACAUUGCAUUUGAGGCUGGAGAUGACGAUUACAGGAAGUGA